AUGAGAAACUUUAGACACACUGUGCUACAGUGCAUUCUAGACUUAGGACGCACUGUGCUACAGCUCAUUCUAGACUUAGGUCGCACUGUGCUACAGCUCAUUCUAGACUUAGGUCGCACUGUGCUACAGCUCAUUCUAGACUUAGGACGCACUGUGCUACAGCUCAUUCUAGACUUAGGACGCACUGUGCUACAGCUCAUUCUAGAAGUGGUUGGCUAUCGGUUUGGUAACCGUGGGAAUAAUUAUGGCAUGCUUUUAUCUAAUCAGCCUGUUGUCCGGGAAAGGGUCCAUGAGUGUGGUGGAAUUGACCCAGACCAUCAAAUUGAGGUAACCAAUGAGAUGUUACUCGGAACUAUUCCAGCCACAGUCACGGUUUUGGCCAUUGUCAGACUACGCGUGUGUCUCUGCAAAGGGGAUGCUUCAAAGUUAGUAAGCAAACGCUUUGUCGUCGCCGUAUACAGCUUAGAAGUUCUUGGUUCAAUUUUUCUCUGGGUAUUGCUGCAAACACCUGAACUAUUUAUGUCUAAGGACAACAUCUUAGACAAUGUCUUAAAGAAUGAAACAGAAAAGAACUUGUUUAUUUCUUUGGACUCUUGCUACGAAUACAUACACUUGAUACAUUCCAGUGUAUCGUUUUACAAGUGGGGUAACAUUUUUCUCUGCUAUAUUUUACCACUGUUUAUUUGUAUGUGCAUUUAUUUCAAAAUUAUCGUUCAUGUGAAUCAGUCUGCCUCUAGAGUACAAAUGCACAGUAUUGUGAUGCCUUCUCAGGCAACCUCGUUAUCUGUUUUGCCAUCAUUCACUGGAAGACUCCCACACACUAGGGUCAGCAAUGGAAAUAAAACCACCAGCAACAUACAGCGCUCAGUUCUAGGAAUAGUCGUGGGAAUAAUGGUCAGCUGGGGUCCAAUAUGUGCCUUAAAGAUUAUAUCUUUGAUUUCAAGAGAUAACAUAUCUCAUUUAUACAGAGUGGAGCUGCAUCUCAUGCUCGCUACAUUUGUCCUAUUUCCAUUCGAGGAAGGUAUUCUCCAAAGUGAUAAGAGGAAACGCAUUUGCUUCUUCUUUAAAAGAAUAUUCGGUAAAUCUAACCAGAUCAAUCUUCAUGGACAGGUGCGACAUGGGGUUAUUUUGAUACCAGAGAUGAUAGAGUCUGGGGUGAGUACUAUCAUGAAUUCGCUACAAGAAAACGGCAACCCUAAAUCUAGCGAACUCUUAGGAAUUAGCAGCACAAAAUUACAACAACAUACAAUGACUUCCGAAAAGUCUCAGCGAGCAUCCAUUGACAGUUUUGAAUCUUCUUCGACCUCCAGUUUGUUCUCUCGGCGCAGAGGCCUUAUGGUACCAUCACUGCGUCUUUCUACCAGUACGGUAUCAGAUAGCUCGUCUGUAUUCAUCAUUUCCACACCAUCAUCAGUUGAUCAACACUCUACAUAUCUAUCCAGCAAUGCUAGCUUUUCACCUCUAUUCUUUAAAGUAAACAGAGGGGCUAUUACUAGUACUGAUUCCUUUGAAGUCGGAUCGUUUACAUGCACCCCGUACUCCUUGAGAACUUUUUCAUUUGGUUCUACCUUGUCCUAUGAUUGUCAAAGUCCUACAGGAUCUGGAAGGACUGCUUCGUUUUCCCGAGCCCGAUCUAAAUGGAGAUCCUUUCAAAGAAAAGUUUCUUCUUCCUUGAAAUACAAUGUAUCAUGA